AUGACGUCUGCCAGCAGCCCAGGCUCCCCACACACGACGGUGUCACCUGCCAGUUCCGUGAGUCCUGGUGGACCCAGCGAGGGACCUACAGCCUCCCAGAGCAGCCCGGGCUCAACACACAGAACACUGUCACCUGGCACCUCCCCAACGGCGGGUGUCCCCGGCGCGUCUACCACCUUCCCAAGCGGCUCAGGCUCACCACACAGCACGGUGUCACCUGUGGGCUCUUCCACAGCAGGACGCAGUGAAGGAUCUACGGCCUCGUCCACGGGCCCGGCUUCUGCUCUGUCACCAGUGUCACCUGGGAGCUCUAGCAGCCCAGGCCCCGGCGCAGGAUCCACAGCCCGCUCCAGCAGUCCAGGCUCAGCUCCCACCACACCGUUCUCGGCCAGCGCCGCGACCUCCGGCCUCAGCCAACCGUCCACCAGCCUCCAGAGCAGCCCGGGCUCUACACACACCAGGGCAUCGGCCGGCACUUCCCCCUCCCCCGGAGUUAGUGACGGAUCCAGCACUGCCCAGAGCAGCUCGGCCUCCGCACGCGGCACAGCGUCACCCGUGAGCCCCACGUCACCAGGGUCCGGUGAAGGCUCUACGUCCUUCCGGAGCAGCCCGGGCUCUACGCACACAGCAGCGUCAGCUCACGUCCCGACAAGCUCUGGCCUCAGCGAAACCUCCAGAGGCUUGGACAGCACCCCCAGCACCACUGCCACGGCGGCGCCACCUGACAGCUCCAGAAGCCCCAGCCUCGGUGCGUCCUCUACGGCACUCCACAGCAGCCCGGGCUCCGCUGCCUCCACGCAGCUGGCAUCUGAGGCCGCUACGACGUCUGCCAGCAGCCCAGGCUCCCCACACACGACGGUGUCACCUGCCAGUUCCGUGAGUCCUGGUGGACCCAGCGAGGGACCUACAGCCUCCCAGAGCAGCCCGGGCUCAACACACAGAACACUGUCACCUGGCACCUCCCCAACGGCGGGUGUCCCCGGCGCGUCUACCACCUUCCCAAGCGGCUCAGGCUCACCACACAGCACGGUGUCACCUGUGGGCUCCUCCACAGCAGGACGCAGUGAAGGAUCUACGGCCUCGUCCACGGGCCCGGCUUCUGCUCUGUCAACAGUGUCACCUGGGAGCUCUAGCAGCCCAGGCCCCGGCGCAGGAUCCACAGCCCGCUCCAGCAGUCCAGGCUCAGCUCCCACCACACCGUUCUCGGCCAGCGCCGCGACCUCCGGCCUCAGCCAACCGUCCACCAGCCUCCAGAGCAGCCCGGGCUCUACACACACCAGGGCAUCGGCCGGCACUUCCCCCUCCCCCGGAGUUAGUGACGGAUCCAGCACUGCCCAGAGCAGCUCGGCCUCCGCACGCGGCACAGCGUCACCCGUGAGCCCCACGUCACCAGGGUCCGGUGAAGGCUCUACGUCCUUCUGGAGCAGCCCGGGCUCUACGCACACAGCAGCGUCAGCUCACGUCCCGACAAGCUCUGGCCUCAGCGAAACCUCCAGAGGCUUGGACAGCACCCCCAGCACCACUGCCACGGCGGCGCCACCUGACAGCUCCAGAAGCCCUAGCCUUGGUGUGUCCUCUACGGCACUCCACAGCAGCCCGGGCUCCGCUGCCUCCACGCAGCUGGCAUCUGAGGCCGCUACGACGUCUGCCAGCAGCCCAGGCUCCCCACACACGACGGUGUCACCUGCCAGUUCCGUGAGUCCUGGUGGACCCAGCGAGGGACCUACAGCCUCCCAGAGCAGCCCGGGCUCAACACACAGAACACUGUCACCUGGCACCUCCCCAACGGCGGGUGUCCCCGGCGCGUCUACCACCUUCCCAAGCGGCUCAGGCUCACCACACAGCACGGUGUCACCUGUGGGCUCCUCCACAGCAGGACGCAGUGAAGGAUCUACGGCCUCGUCCACGGGCCCGGCUUCUGCUCUGUCAACAGUGUCACCUGGGAGCUCUAGCAGCCCAGGCCCCGGCGCAGGAUCCACAGCCCGCUCCAGCAGUCCAGGCUCAGCUCCCACCACACCGUUCUCGGCCAGCGCCGCGACCUCCGGCCUCAGCCAACCGUCCACCAGCCUCCAGAGCAGCCCGGGCUCUACACACACCAGGGCAUCGGCCGGCACUUCCCCCUCCCUCGGAGUUAGUGACGGAUCCAGCACUGCCCAGAGCAGCUCGGCCUCCGCACGCGGCACAGCGUCACCCAUGAGCCCCACGUCACCAGGGUCCGGUGAAGGCUCUACGUCCUUCCGGAGCAGCCCGGGCUCUACGCACACAGCAGCGUCAGCUCACGUCCCGACAAGCUCUGGCCUCAGCGAAACCUCCAGAGGCUUGGACAGCACCCCCAGCACCACUGCCACGGCGGCGCCAUCUGACAGCUCCAGAAGCCCCAGCCUCGGUGCGUCCUCUACGGCACUCCACAGCAGCCCGGGCUCCGCUGCCUCCACGCAGCUGGCAUCUGAGGCCGCUACGACGUCUGCCAGCAGCCCAGGCUCCCCACACACGACGGUGUCACCUGCCAGUUCCGUGAGUCCUGGUGGACCCAGCGAGGGACCUACAGCCUCCCAGAGCAGCCCGGGCUCAACACACAGAACACUGUCACCUGGCACUUCCCCAACGGCGGGUGUCCCCGGCGCGUCUACCACCUUCCCAAGCGGCUCAGGCUCACCACACAGCACGGUGUCACCUGUGGGCUCCUCCACAGCAGGACGCAGUGAAGGAUCUACGGCCUCGUCCACGGGCCCGGCUUCUGCUCUGUCAACAGUGUCACCUGGGAGCUCUAGCAGCCCAGGCCCCGGCGCAGGAUCCACAGCCCGCUCCAGCAGUCCAGGCUCAGCUCCCACCACACCGUUCUCGGCCAGCGCCGCGACCUCCGGCCUCAGCCAACCGUCCACCAGCCUCCAGAGCAGCCCGGGCUCUACACACACCAGGGCAUCGGCCGGCACUUCCCCCUCCCCCGGAGUUAGUGACGGAUCCAGCACUGCCCAGAGCAGCUCGGCCUCCGCACGCGGCACAGCGUCACCCGUGAGCCCCACGUCACCAGGGUCCGGUGAAGGCUCUACGUCCUUCCGGAGCAGCCCGGGCUCUACGCACACAGCAGCGUCAGCUCACGUCCCGACAAGCUCUGGCCUCAGCGAAACCUCCAGAGGCUUGGACAGCACCCCCAGCACCACUGCCACGGCGGCGCCACCUGACAGCUCCAGAAGCCCCAGCCUCGGUGCGUCCUCUACGGCACUCCACAGCAGCCCGGGCUCCGCUGCCUCCACGCAGCUGGCAUCUGGCAGCUCCGCCAGCCCAGGCCCCACUGAGGCCGCUACGACGUCUGCCAGCAGCCCAGGCUCCCCACACACGACGGUGUCACCUGCCAGUUCCGUGAGUCCUGGUGGACCCAGCGAGGGACCUACAGCCUCCCAGAGCAGCCCGGGCUCAACACACAGAACACUGUCACCUGGCACCUCCCCAACGGCGGGUGUCCCCGGCGCGUCUACCACCUUCCCAAGCGGCUCAGGCUCACCACACAGCACGGUGUCACCUGUGGGCUCCUCCACAGCAGGACGCAGUGAAGGAUCUACGGCCUCGUCCACGGGCCCGGCUUCUGCUCUGUCAACAGUGUCACCUGGGAGCUCUAGCAGCCCAGGCCCCGGCGCAGGAUCCACAGCCCGCUCCAGCAGUCCAGGCUCAGCUCCCACCACACCGUUCUCGGCCAGCGCCGCGACCUCCGGCCUCAGCCAACCGUCCACCAGCCUCCAGAGCAGCCCGGGCUCAAUAGAGAAAACACUGUCACCUGCCACCUCCCCAACAGGGGGUGUCCGGGACGUAUCUACCACCGUUCCAACCUUCUCAGGCUCACCACUUGCCGCGGUGUCUACGGGGAGUGUAUCCACUUCAUUGCCAGGUUCUUCGUCUUUAGGUUCAACUAUUUCUGGUUUCCGCUCGACUGCAGUGUCUGAUUCGUCUUCAGCGUUCACAAACUCUGAUGUUUUUCCUGCAUCUUCCUCCGCUUCUCCGGGCCCCACUUCUUCCGCACUGUAUUGGUUCAAUAGUACUUCCAUACUGCAUUCGCCGUUCACUAGUCCUUGGACAGGUGUUACAGGGACUGAGUCUCCAGCUGUGACACCAUGGAACUGCCUGAAUGGGACAACAUGGAAUGGAGAAGAGUGUGUCUGUCCUCAAGGCUACUUUGGUUACCAGUGCCAGACCCCCUUGGAAUCCUUCUUAGUAGAGGUCCCGGGACAGAUCAACGCCACUCUAGGUGUGAUAGUGAAAGUGAUUUACAGGAUUUUCACAGAAGACCUGAAUAACACGGCUUCCCAGGCAUACUUGAAUUUUGUUGAACUAGUCAAGAGAGAGAUGGAUAAAAUUUACUCCGGCAAUGACCUUCCUGAGUAUAAAGGUGUCAUCAUUAGGGAACUGUCCAACGGCAGCAUUGUGGUGAAAUAUGACGUCGUCCUGGAGGCAAACUUCACUGCCCAGUAUGAGGAACUGUUUGCAAACCUUGCUAAGAUCGUGACAGCCAAGACUGUGACUGCAACCAAAAAAGUGCCUGAUGAUAUUGAGGCAUGCGAAGAGUCCAUACUGUGCUACAAUGAGAACAACACUUCCGUGGAUAAGACCGUGCAGCUAGGCUUCAACCUCCAGGAGCAAUGCACCCAGAAAGCUGCCAAGGAGUUUGCGCAGUUCUACUAUGUGGAUGUACUGAAUGGGAAGCUGGCCUGUGUGACCAAGUGCACCUUGGGGACACAGUCGCAACUGGACUGUCAUGGGGGUGCAUGCCAGCUGCAGCACAGUGGCCCUCGCUGCCUGUGCCCGAAAUCCAACACACACUGGUACUGGGGAGAGACCUGUGAGUUUAGCAUCAGCAAGAGCCUCGUGUACGGGCUUGUGGGGACCGUGGUGGCCGUGCUGCUGGUCGCAGUGGUCGUCCUGAUCAUCUUCCUCGGCCUAUCGCAGAGAAAACUGCACAGGGAAAAUUACGAUGUGUCUUCAGACUGGAAAAGAGAAGAUGUUGCUGGCACCUUCCAGAACACAGGCAUCUGGGAAGAGGACAAUCUGAGGCGGGACAGAUACGGCCUUGAGAAUGCCUACAGCCACUUCCGGCCCUCCCUGGGGACCAUAGACCCUGCCACAGAGCUCCACAUCGAGAGGCCCCAAGUGGUGAUGCCCCCUCGGUGAGGCAGCAGGGCCCUCCUCAUCGAGAUCUGGACAAGAGAGGGCAGAGAGCCCCCCACAGGCCCCCCGCUGGUCAAGAGGAAACUGAAGCCAGGCCCUGAAGCUGCCCUGCUCAGAGCUGCCAGACGUGGCGGGUCCUGCCAGCGCCCAUCAGGAAGAGUGGGGGCUGUGAGCGCCCCACCCAGGGGCCCCGAGGCUCCCAGAUGCCCUGGCAUCCUCGAUUGCUCCUUGGUGACUCCCUAUUGUGGAAUUUUCCUACCAAUAAAAGCAAAUCUUAAAGUGCA